ACGAAGGUCCUGAAUCUCAAUGUCAGGGAAGUCGAGAUUUAGGGAUGCUGCUGGUUCGACAAAUCGACGAGAUUGUGUCAUCGAGGUCCGAGUCUGCGUCUCCGACGAUUCUGGCUGCGAGCCUGUGAGCCAGUGAGCGUGGAAUGGGUUCUUCCGAGUCCGAGAGUCGAGAGUUUGAGGACGAUGUGUGGGGAGCAGACGACGAUGAUGCUGGUGUCGUGGGGCGUUCGUCUCAGACCGACGCGGAUCUGGCUAGAGAAUGGGAGGCUCGGCGGAAUCAGUUCCAUACACUGGGCUACCGGGAUGGUAUAAGCGCAGGAAAAGAGUCUAAAGCGCAAGAAGGAUUCAACGUCGGCUUCGAGGAAGCUGUCGUCGCUGGAUACAACUGGGGACUGGCCCGCGGGGCCACAAGUGCCUUCGCAGCGCUGAGCCCUGCAUUGAAGGAGUCGCUUCUCACUGAUAAAGAUGCAACAAAUCGACUUGAAAGUCUGAAUACUUCAAUUUCGAGCAUUUCUUCAACCGAUGCCAUGCGCAUUUUUUACGAAGAAACUAUUUUGAGGAAGGGAACAACUGGCAGCCAAGAAGGGGUGCAAAUUGUCACUACCGAGAACUCAAAUAUCGUCAUUGCUUCUCCUCAAACCGAGAGCACGUCAAGUGGAUGUUGCGGCGGAAGAGAAGAUUGUGACAUGCAACGGCUGAGCUUAGAGCCAGAGGCAGAGAAGGCAACAAGGUCAGGUAAGACUUUCGAGGCUGGAACAUCUUGUACGUCAAGCGGAAGCCCUGGUGAUGCAUCAACGACGGACGAAAAGGAAAAGGCCGACUUUUCCUGCGCGGAUGCAUCUAACAAGAUGGUAUCAGACUUGAAUUCUGCUCAAAACGUUGACACCUAUGAUAUGAACAGUCUAUCUAGACCACGCAACAGACUUGAGCUGCUGCAAGGCAAAGUAGAGAUAGAGUUCAAGCCCUUCGUUGUGAAACUAAGUCCUUUCCCUGUCUAACCAGACAUUGUACUCUUUUCUCGUUUAUCGCACGGCUGCACCACAUGUAAAUUAGUGGACCAUCAAAGCGGUGAUGGAACAAGUUUUUUGAAUAAGUGAUGCUCUACUUCCAUGUGUGGAAGUCUGGGUUUGUGCAUAACAGUUGCAUUGAUGAAUUCGUGUGCACGACUGUGAAGGACAUACCAACUGUAUAUCAGUUUCUCACAACAGUUUUGCUUGGAUACCAUAAACUUUUCUGCCAAC